AUGGCAGCUGUUUCUUUUCUGCGAUUCGUUGCGAACGGAUCCGUCCAGUGCUCUAUCGUAGCUGCUAAGACUAGGGUGGCACCACUAAAGUUCAUAUCAAUCCCACGUCUAGAACUUCAGGCUGCCUUAAUCGCCGUCAGAUUGGCCAAUACAGUUACCGACGCCCUGUCAUACAAAAUAUCCAGAAAGUUCUUUUGGACAGACUCACGGGAUGUGCUGUGCUGGCUGAACUCUGACCACCGCAGGUACACGCAGUUCGUGGCCUUCCGUGUUAGUGAAAUCCUGGAAUCUACAGAAGUGAACGAGUGGCAUUGGGUGCCUUCCAAAAUGAACGUUGCGGACGAUGGUACUAAAUGGAGCUCUUCACCCGAUCUCACACCAAAAGGUAGAUGGUUUACGGGUCCAGAUUUCUUGCGGCGAUGCGAAGCGGAGUGGCCACAACAACCCACAAAAGCUAGUUCAACGGAAGAAGAACUCCGACCAAAUCUGCAUGCGUUCCACUCUCAUUAUGAACCAGUCAUAGAGUCUAGUAGGUUCUCUAGUUGGAAACGUCUGAUCAACGUUGCUGCCCUCGUGACUCGUUUUGUAAACAACUGUCGACAAAAGUUACAUGGGGGAAUGACUACAACGGGACUCCUAACAGAGGAUGAAUUGAUUCUGGCCGAAGCGUACCUACUAAGAUCUGCACAGCGCGAUGGCUACCCAGAAGAGAUUUCCACUCUGGAGAAACCAAAACAUAACUCCAACAGUCUUAGCGCAGUGCCAAAGCACAGCAGCUUGUUUCAACUGUCACCAUGGCUAGAUAAUCAAGGCAUCAUGCGGAUGCGAACAAGAGUUGCAGCCUGUGACUACGCAACAGAAGAUGCUAAGAAACCUAUUAUACUACCAAGUGACCACCCCAUUACUGACCUAAUCAUCAUGUACUACCAUCAACGUUUCCAUCACCAGAAUCACGAGUCGGUGAUCAAUGAAUUGCGACAGAAGUAUUAUAUUCCCCGCAUCCGUGCUGUGUACAAUAAAACGAUCUAUCCGUCCCACGUCCACCGAUAA